AUGCAUCGUUCUACGAACAACUCGUACCAUCAGUCUUCGAGCUCCCGAAGCUCAUCAUCCCACGGCUCCAGCAGUGCAUUCAGUCCCAAUGCCAACCCUAAUGAGGACUGGACAAAGAUCUCAGAUCUUGCUGAACGUCGACGGAUACAGAAUCGCAUUGCUCAGAGAAACUACCGCAAGAAACUGAAGCGUCGCUUGGAGGACCUGGAAAAGAGGGCUGCUUCAGCUUCAGUGUCCCCAGAACGAUCCCACGAGAAACCGGAGUUGCCGAAGCAUGCGAAUCCUGUGAAAUCUCGCACCAGGAACAACCGCUCGUCCAAGCCAAACUCGGACACCAGUCACAGCUCUAGGGAACGCCUUCCCCCAUACGACUGCUACAAUAGCCAAGACGACCGGGGUACCAUGUUCUCUCACCAAUGCACACGGCAACUGUCAGCGUCACCCCCACCUGUUUUCUCAUACCCCUCGUAUCCGCAUCUGGACCCAUACAGACAGCCCAACUAUGGCACCUCUCCCGCAUACAGUUCGACUUACAGUGACUUGUCGUCCUUCCAAGGGGAGUAUGGAACCCCAGUGCCUUCGAUCAUGCCCGUUGCGAUGUCUGCAGGCGGGCCACUGAAGAGACCACAUACCUAUGCGGACGAAGAGAUUAUCAGUCCCUUCAGUAUGAGCUACGCGACUAUGGCUGGCAUUGACUUGUGUCCGACUUCUCACCAUCCGGGUGAAUCUAAUAUUUCUAUCCCGUCUCUCUGUCAAAUAUUUGCUGAGGAUCAUUCCUCUCCGUCGACACCCGCAGAGACGUCCAUUCUCACGUGUCCUCUCACACCCGAGUCGGACCCGUGCUCCCCGCAUUCGUUUCCCUUUCUGUGA